CCGCUGAUGCUCUCCAUUAGAUCUGUGGCUGCUUCCAGGAUACAUAUGAAACCGAAGCGUUCACUACCACGGUAUCUAUGGCGGCUAGCAUGUCGGAUGAUAGCGUCUUCGCACUCCUUCCUUCCAUUGUGGUACGGCUCACACACACCAAACACGCUGGACUGUGCUCCGCCAUCCAGAGCCACCUACGCUCAAGCAUCGCGAAGCUACAUCAUUUCCAGGAGGUGCAAGCUCCGCACUUGAUAGUCAGCGAAUGCUGGGUUGCCUUUGGGCGGUUUUUGCUGCAUUUGUUCGUCCCGGACACACCCAUAGAUCCAGCAGGUCUGAAACGCUGUUCGGACGAGUAUUGGACGAGAGAACGGGCCAUCAUCGAGUCACAGCUGGAUUUGCACAAGGCAUUUGCUCGGCGCACACACGGUCACGAAUCAAGUGGUACUAUCCAUUAUCUCGAGUCUCUGCUUUCGGACAUGCAGCCAGUGGAGAAUGACCCACGGUCUUCUCAAUCCCGUGCUGACCUUGGUCGCCUACACAUGUUCUGGUCUGAAGUGGACCAGUUUAUAUCGCAGGUUCUCUCUGCUCAGAAGAUCAGCUCAUAUCUCGCGAUCGCGGCUUCCGGUGACCCAGCGGCUUCCAUGCGAGAACAAGUCCUUCAGAAGUCUCUCGCGACUUUCUGCCAGAGGCUGCGUGCGGUGUAUCCUGACUUCGCAGACGUGAAUGCUCCUCUACAACAUGCUCUCCUUGCCAUGCGGCUCGGCUUACGGAUCUCAAUUGCUGCUCACCACAGCAACCCCGCCGUUCGGAAUCCAAACGUCCCCCUUCACUCGGCAUUGCUCGCUUUCCCGUCCGUUCAAAGCGCCGAGCUUCUGCGAGCCCACUCCUCGACAAUGCCGGCAUCGAACUCUUCGUUCACGGUUGUACUCACUCGACUUUGCGCUAUAUCUUACGAAGUCCAAUUAAGCGGAGACGUCGAGAACUACUUGAUGGGAAUUGAGCGCAUUUACGAGCAAGCGCUGGGCUUGUGGCUGGUUGACCAGAGCAGGGCCGAGGAAGCCGAGCGGCAAGCCCAGUCUCUCUACCGACGGAAGGACGAUGGUAGUUUGAAUGAGGCUGAGGAAGAGGAAGAGGAUUUCCUGUCGAUUUUCCCAGAAUUCGAGGAUAUCUUGGAUAGCGAUGGGGCCGAGACACAGCAGAAGACACUGAAACGCAAGACAUUGGUUGAUUCCUCCACUACUGCUGCCCUGUUUGCGAUACACCAAGAGCUCUUCCUGGCGGCAGGCUCGCGGCUUACCGCAGCGGCCACGCGUUUCCUGAACGAGCGUCGGUCGCUUGUCGUUACUUUGGUCGAAUCUGAGAUGGCGACCUGGGCCGAUACCGUCGAUGCAGACAGUCUUCCGUUCCAGGCGAGAUUCCUACAUGACCGCCUGUCUGCUCUGAGCCAUAUCCCUCGCCUCUCCGGAGGACCCUACGAUUUCUACUUCGACGAGAACAUACCCGAGGCGAAGAAGGCUGUUCAAACGAUGCGCGCCCUCAUGCAACGCCUAGAGGCUGUUAUACGUGAAUGGCCAGAGCAGAUGGUUCUUCAGCACCUCAAGAACCGCUGCGAGGUCAUCAUGAACUUUAGUCUGCACAGUCCGUUGGCGAAAAUACUCUCGGCCUUGGAACACCUUCUCGCGAACAUCGAUGACUGGGAAAUGUACACCAACAGAGAUAACAGUCUCAAAGCACAUCAGCAAGCAAUUAUAGCUGUUGUAGUAGAUUGGCGCCGCCUGGAGCUUUCUUCGUGGCAAGGCCUACUCGACAGUCAAGCGCGCGCCUUCGAAGCGGGCAUAUCAGACUGGUGGUUCCGUCUCUACGAUACCUCAAUCCGAGGCGUACUCAAGCUGGCGGAGGACGGUGCCGACGACACGGGGCGGAGCGAUGCCAUCACGGAGUUCCUCGACAAGCUAGUACCUCUCUUGGAUGAAUUCAUGGUCUCUUCUCCUCUAGGACAAUUCGUGUCGCGCCUGCGCUUGGUAGAUUCGAUGCAGAUCUAUGCAGACAAGUUGGCCAACUAUCUCGGCGACGCUCGCGGCUCCGCACUCCAACGUGUUCACAAGGUGCUCUCCAACACUGCGAAGUACUACGAUCAAUUUGAAGUCAAGGUCACCGAGAGCCUUUCUAAACAGAGAAAGGUGCUGGAGAAAGAUAUUCGUGAUUUCAUCAAGCUGGCCUCCUGGAAAGAUGUCAACAUCCACGCUCUCAAGCAGAGCGCCCAGAAGACCCAUCGCCAGUUGUAUAAAGUCAUUCGCAAGUUCCGAGAGCUUCUCCGUCAGCCUGUGUUGCCUCUACUAGAAUCUGCAACCUCAAGGACCGCCGUCGCAUCUUCCGGCGAAAAUUUCGGCCCAUCUGCAACACUGCAAGCCACUUAUCCUCUUCCCGGACCUAUCUUCCCAGUUGUGAGCGAUGCAUCACAGCCUGCGCACCUACAGAAAAUCGACAGAACGUUCAGGAAUUUCGACACUCUCGUAUGCAAUCGCUUAAUAUCGUUCGUGCAAGCGCAUGACGCUCACACCGCGGGGGAUCUCGCCGAGGACAUCAUCUCUGUCUCGAAGUCAUUGGAGAGCGUGACGAUCCCUACGAACCUGGACACAGCUCGAAGGACGAAGCUAGCGAAGAACCUGCUGAACCGUAAGCGCAAGGCGUGGAGCGAUCUCUUGAAAGAGCUAAAACGAGCUGGCUUCUCCGCAAACGUCAAGCCCGAGAUUCUUCAGCAAAACCACAGCAAGCGCCACCUUCGCGAACAACCUGUUUUGGCGUCUUCCGCACGCGAAUAUGGAGCUGUGGCAAAGAGCGAAGACUAUUUGCAUCGCGUUUCCGGCCUACUACCGCAGCUUAGACAGGCUCUAUCGGAUCACCAUCCUGAUUUGUCCACCCGAGAGCUGCAACGAGCUUUGAUGCAUAUCGAGCAUAAUUUCUCAAUCUGUCUACGAACGAGGUCUUCGUGAGUUUUUU